UAUCAUAGGAAAAAAAGGGCAUUUUAUUGGAGACUUCCAAAUGAAUUCAAGGCACUUUAAUUUAUUGGAUAUGGAUUUCUAUAACCAUAAGUCAAAUACCACUCUUCCAGUUUACCAAUCAACAGCGCACAGCAACAUAUCUUAUAGUAGAAAACCAGUUCCGAAUAGUGGAGAGAUACCAUCAGAUACCACAUAUAAUCAGUACAGAUACCUGAAAUAUAAAGACUUAUUACAAUACAGAUACCAAACCAACGAUGACGUAAACUAUUCCCAGCAAUAUUACCCCAGGGGAGAUAACCGAGUAAUUGAAUACCCAGAAGACAUUUUCAGAAACACGGUUUCAGGCUCAAGUUCUGGGCAAAUUCAGCUUUGGCAAUUCUUACUGGAGCUGCUAUCAACAACAUCAAACAGAGAGUGUAUAAUAUGGGAGGGAAAUGAAGGAGAGUUUAGAAUUGUUGAUCCAGAAGAAGUGGCCAGAAAAUGGGGACAAAGAAAGUGUCGACCGAAUAUGAAUUAUGAUAAACUUAGUAGAGCACUCCGGUAUUAUUACGAUAAAAAUAUUAUGAGAAAAGUCAAUGGAAAGAAAUACACAUACAAAUUCGAUGCCAGUUGUUUAGCAAAUAUGUCGCCAUUGAAUUUAACAGACAAUUGCAGCAUUGCAGACAUAAGUUAUCGCGAUUACAUGAACAGCCAGAUUUGUGAUAAAUCCAGUGACGAUUUUCUGAACAGUCAGUCAGCUAGGAAUAAAAGUACCAUAACUAGAAAUGAAUUGAGAAUGCCAAAUUACAACCUUGUAUCUUAUUAAACAUGUUUUAGUUUAAACAUAUUUUAUUUGCUGAAUUAAAGGAAAAUGAAUUAGACACACAAUGAUUAUCAUACUUAUGAAGUCAGUUAGACUAGUCUUCCAUAAUACAGUAUAAAAUUACAAUAAUAGUCUAAUAUAACGGACAUGCAUAUAAAGCAAACAGUUUACAAAAUAUGAUACUAGCUUUCAUAUGUAAAAAGAGGAGAGAGAGAAAAAAGGGAAAAGGAAAGUUUGAAAAGUCAUAAAUUUUGUGACGAUGACGUGUGUAUUGGUGAUGACGAUGAUGUUUCGUGCCAGUAACGCUCUAUCGAAGCAUAGGACAUCUGUUUGACUUUUUGAUGAAAUUUUGAACAUGUUUAAAAAUU